AUGAACGUGGACAUCGGCCUGAUCGCUGAGCUGCAGCAAAACACGGACCGCAUCCGCAAUGUGUGUGUGCUGGCCCAUGUGGACCACGGCAAGACCACGCUGUCAGACCACCUCAUCGCCUCCAACGGCCUCAUCCACCCCAAGCUGGCGGGGGAGGUCAGGUACAUGGACAGCAAGGACGACGAGCAGGCGCGCGGCAUCACCAUGAAGAGCUCCUCCAUCUCCCUCCUCUUUGUGCCCGGCGCCGCCACGCGCGCAGACGGGCCCAACAGCGUGCCCCGCGCCGAGCGCCUGCAGCAAGCCAAGCUGGGCUGCAAGGCGUCGGCGCUGCAGCGGGCGCUGUGGGGCGACUAUGCGUACCAGCCCAAGAGCAAGCGCAUCGUGCGCAUCAGGGGGGAGCAGCAGGGGCGCGCCAAGCCGCUGUUUGUGCAGCUGGCGCUGGAGCCGAUUUGGAAGGCAUACGGCGCAUGCGAGGCGGGCGCCGACCAUGCCGCCAUCCUGGGCAGGAUGGUGGCGGGGCUGGGGCUGGCGGGGGUGCCGCCGCGCGCGGUGCAGCACUCGGACCCCCGCGCCGCGCUGCGCUCCGUGAUGCGGGCCUGGCUGCCGCUGUCGGAGGCUGUGCUGAGCAUGGCAGCCGAGCACCUGCCCAGCCCGCUGGCCGCGGCGCCCGAGCGCUACUCGCGCCUGCUGCCGCCCCGCUCGGAACAGCUCAAGGUGCAGGUUGAGGAACUGGGGGAGGAGCUGCGAGCCGGGCUGGACGCGUGCGAGGCGGCGGUGCGGCUGUGCAGCGCCGGCCCCGAGGCGCCGCUGGUGCUGUACGUGUCAAAGAUGGUGGCGGUGCCCGCCAGCGCGCUGCCCAGGCUGCCGGGCGAGGCGGGCCCCUCCAACCCUUCAGAGGAGCGCUUCCUGGCCUUUGGUCGCGUGUUUGCAGGGGGUGGUGCACGAGGGGCAGACGGUGCAGGGUGCGCGUUUGGCGGCGGCGGUGAGGUGCACCUGGAGACUUGUAUCAAGGACCUGCGGGAGCGGUUUGCGCGGGUGGAACUGGUGGUCAGCCCCCCCCUGGUGGCCUUCAGGGAGAGCGUGGUGUGCCGGGAGGAGGCGCCGCCCGAGACCACGGCCCGGGCCACUUUCGUUGUGGAGGCGAAGACGGCCAGCGGGGCAUGCACGCUGCGGGUGGCGGCGCUGCCGCUGCCGGCUGGCGUGGCCUCCGCGCUGGACCAAAACGCAGACCUGCUGCGGGGGGCAUUCGCGGCGGCGGCACGAGGCGGCGGCGGGGGCGAGCAGCAGCAGCAGCAGGCGGCGGCGGCAGGGGCGGCGGGAGCGGGGACGGCGGCAGCUGAUGCGCAUGUCGGCGGCGGCAUGGGGGCGCCCGGCAGCGACAGCCUGGCGGCCUUUGGCGAGCACCUGCGCCGGAUGGCGGCUGAUGCCGAUGCCGAGGCAGAGCAGCAGCCUGGCAGCGCUGCCGGCAGCGCGGCGCUGCUGGCGAUGCUGCAGCGAGCCUGGAUGUUUGGACCCAAGCGGACUGGCCCCAACCUGCUUCUUGCCUCGGCAGCGAGCAGCAGCAGCAGCAGCAGCGGAGGCUUGGCGCCCCUCUUCUCGCUGCCGCCCGAGCGGAUUGUCAAGCUCGCCAAGCAGCCGGGGGGCAGGUCGGCAGCAGUGCUGGUGGCAUCCGUGGGACGGCAGCACCAGGAGCAGCAGCAGCAACAUCAGGAUGAUGCAGGCGGCCAGGGCAAUGCAGAGCAGCAGCAGGAGGCAGAGGAGGCGGCGCGGCGGCACCUGGCAGUACCGCUUGGCUUCCCGGACGCCGCCCAGAAGCUGGGGCUGGUGGCCGGGGAGGUGGCAGCAGCGGCACAUGCCACAUCAGCAGUCGCUGAGCUGGCAUGCCAGAUAGGCAGCCAGCUCAGCGUGUCCACUCACAGCGGCAGUACAGCGGCGCCACAGAACGGCGGCACGGAGGGAGGGCUGGGCCGGAGCCUGGAGUAUCUGCGGUACAGCAUCGAGUCUGGUGUCGCCUCCGGCUUCCAGCUGGCUUCCGCCACGGGACCGCUCUGCGACGAGCCGCUCUGGGGCGUGGCGGUGCAGGUGGAGGCGCGGCUGAACCUCUCUCCUGCCGCCGCUGCUGCUGGCGAGGCUGGGGCAGCUCAGGAGGCCGCCUCCUUGCAGCUGGCUGAGGAUGUGUAUGGGCCCUUCAGCGGCCAGGUGACGAGCGCCGCGCGGCAGGCGGUGCGGCGGGCGGUGCUGGAGGGCGGGCCCCGCCUGGUGGAGGCCAUGUUCCUGUGUGAGGUGACCACCAGCUCCGAAGGCCUGUCUGCGGUGUAUGCUGUGCUGGGGCGCCGCCGCUCGCGCAUCCUGCGGGAGGAGAUGCGGGAGGGCAGCGACCUCUUCACCGUGCACGCCUACCUGCCCGCCGAGGCGUCGUUCGGGUUUGCCGACGAGCUGCGGCGCCGGUCCAGCGGCGCCGCCACCGCCUCGCUGCUGCUCAGCCACUGGGAGCGGCUGCAGGUGGACCCCUUCUUCAUGCCGCUGACCGAGGAGGAGCGGGAGGAGUUUGGGGAGGAGGGGCAGGGGGUGGGCUCCUCCAAUCUGGCCAAGCGCCUGAUCGACGCGGUGCGGCGGCGCAAGGGCCUGCCGGUGGAGGAGAAGGUGGUGGAGAGCGCCACCAAGCAGCGCACCCGCGCACGCAAGGUGUGA